CUACUUAUGUACUGAAGAUCGGAUUGAGGUUUAUAGUUCCUGACGAAGAGCAACAACGUGCCAGUACGUUCCUUUCGUUACUGAAGACAACAAGGAUGAAGAUGUUAUUCUUAGUCGCUCUCGCAGCGCUAUGUAUCCAGACGGUGCUCGGUGCAGAUCCUCAUGAGCACUCCAAGGUGGUCUGCUAUUGGAAUAGUACCGCCUAUGAAAGACAAGGUCCAGCAAAGUUUCAACUUGAUGACGUCAGAUCAGCCUUAUCUCUCUGCACUCACUUGGUCUAUGGAUACGCUCAUAUCAAUAGCGAUUUUGAAAUUGUUCCUGGCUCGCCGAAUUUAGAUACCGGAUCGGGCUACUCUUAUUACAGACUCACAACGCAGCUGAAGCGAUCGUUCCCCGAUUUAAAGAUCUAUCUUAGUGUCGGAGGAAACUCCGAUCCUUAUGACGACGAACACAAGUACCUUGUAUUAACGGAGACUUCGGAAGGCAGAACGAAAUUCAUCAAUUCUGUGAAUCGUUUGUUGAACGACUACGAUUUUGAUGGAAUCGAUCUGGCGUGGCAGUUCCCACCAGUUAAGCCCAAGAAGCAGCGCGGUACUCUAGGUUCUCUUUGGCACGGUCUCAAGAAGAAAUUGGGUUAUGGAAAAUUCCAGGAUACCAAGGAACAGGAACAUCGUGAUGGCUUCACUAUCCUAGUCCGUGACCUCAAGACGCAACUUAGGCCAAGAUUCAAGGCUCUGACAGUCACGGUGUUGCCCCAUGUUAACGCUAGCGUCUAUUACGAUGUCAGAUUGUUAGCGCCCAACAUCGAAGCCGUGAAUCUUUUCGCUUUGGAUCAAAGGACACCGGAACGCAGUGCGAAAGAGGCUGAUUACCCGGCACCGAUUUAUGGCAGUUACGGACGCGUAGUAGAUGACAAUGUCGACAGCGCGACAAGUUACGGACAUGUGGGACAUGACAAUAUUGAUGCUGCGACAAGAUACUGGUUGGAGAACGGCACCCCUGGCAGCAAAAUUGUCGUCGGCAUCCCCACAUUCGCUCGCACGUGGAAAUUGACGGCCGAUAGCCAGAUUUCCGGCGUGCCGCCUAUCGUGACCGAUGGUCCGGGUGCUCCUGGACCCCAUACCAACGAACCAGGACUGCUCUCAUACGCUGAAGUAUGUGCCAAGCUAACCGAACACGCGGCAGGACGACUUCGACGUGUCAGCGAUCCAUCCAAGAAGUACGGUAGCUACGCUUAUCAGUCUUACAAUCCUGAUACUGGAGCAGAAGGACUCUGGGCUGGCUACGAGGAUCCGGACACUGCCGGCCACAAGGCCACCUUCGUGAAAUCCAAGGGACUCGGUGGUGUAGCGAUCGUGGAUCUGUCCCUGGAUGAUUUCCGAGGUGUUUGCACCGGCGACAAGUAUCCCAUCAUCAAAGGAGCUAAAUAUAAAUUGUAGAAUGUCGAACAAGAACCCGACAUUCGGCUGACAAUCGAAACAGAUGUUGAAAUUUUAAUGCAUUGAAUGAAAAGUAUUCAAUUAUUACUUAUAUUGGCUGAAAAGAUUUUUUUGUUCCUCUUGAAAUGAUUCUUGUCGCUGUUUGUUAACAGCGACAACAAGUUAUAUUUGUAUACAUUGUCCGACGAGUAAACUAUCGAGAUUUUUUAAUGAGAAAGAAACUUUUUAACGAGAGAAUUUUAACGAGAAUUGUAAUACCGCUGUUCUAUAUACAUUAUCUGCGACGAUAAUAAAAAUGGGGACGCUUUCCUAUUAUUCAAAUAGGUUCAUUUAAGUCCAGUCAUUUCUUCAUCCCUAAUUAUUUUCGAGAGAUAUAAGCAUGUAUUUUCGAAAUAUAAGUAAAACAUAAGUAAAAGUUCAA